AUCUAGGGCGGUAGUGAAUUUAAAUAAAAGAACCGUGUUUAGGAAGACACGUAGGAACGAUAACUUAUCACAGGGGUCCAGAGUUAUCUCCCUUUACUGACACCUGCCAGCUGCAGUGUUAAAGAGCACAGGACGCAUAGAGACACGUUAGUCCCACCAACAUCGCGGACCGAAUGAUAGAUUAAAAUUUGAUUGUUACGCAAAAAAAUUACUUGGACAAAAUGUUUCCAUUACAAGUCUUUGGAUUACUAAAUAUAUUUCUCACUUGUACAUCUGGAUAUUAUCUUUGUCCCCAGAACGUGCAGUGUCCGCCCGGAUGUACUAAAAUAGACACAAGAGGAUGUAAACUCUGCGCAUGCGGGCCUGGUAUGUUCCAUCCAGGAGGAUAUGUAGGAAUGCCUAAAGGAAUGAUGGGUGGUUUCGGGGGAUUCCAGCCCGGAUCUAUGGGGGGAGGAAGUCCUUUCGGUGGUAUGCAGGGCGCUAAACACGUGACUGAGCGGCCAUUGAAGCAGUGCCCCGGCACCAUGCUGUGCAUGAUGACCUGUAAAGGUCACUACACUCUCGGUGACGUAGGCAGUAAUGGCUGUCGAUCAUGCACAUGCCCCACCCACCACGAAACGUCAUCACAUGUGAUGGUGGUACAAACGUCGUCUCACUCUACCUCUCACGCAUCUUCACACCACGACUGCGCGGGAACUAAACUGUGUAUGAUGACCUGCCACACCAGAUAUAUGCUAGGAGAGAGGGGUUCCGAUGGAUGCCAGUCCUGCACAUGUCUUCCAGCCCCCACCGAGGCCCCGAAGCCCGCCCCCACCAAGUCAUGCAUGUCAACCGUACUGUGUAUGCUGUCCUGUAAGACUGGUUAUUCACUGGGUUCAACUGGCAGUGACGGCUGUCAAACUUGCACGUGUAUUGCACCACCGACCCGACCUCCUACAACCCCGGCACCAAAGGUCAUGACAUGCACUCACACUAUAGAAUGUAUGCUAAACUGUAAACAAGGCUACACGUUAGGAAACACCGGAACUGAUGGCUGUCCACAAUGCACAUGCGUAGUUCCUACUAAAGUGGUACAAGUGGUGGAGGUAUUGACCUGCUCUAAGAAUAUAGAAUGUAACUCAGGUUGUGGGGCCGGGUAUAAGUGCGGACAUGACGGAUGUCCGACGUGCGACUGUAUCAAACCAGCGACUGUGGGUCUGACGGUUGUGGAGGUGGUGAAACAGCCUGUACGUUGUACAACCGCCUUCUCGUGUCCCGCCUCCUGUGAACUCGGAUACAAGUGUGGAUCAGAUGGGUGCCCCACGUGCGAGUGUUUGAUUGCUGUACAAACAGUUCCUCAGACGACAUCUGAGCCUUGUCACGACUGUGAUGGCGGGGUAGCAGUCCCACAGCAAGUACAAACAGGUCACUGUACGGACUGUGAUACAGGUCACGAACAAAUAAUGCCUCAUGUCUCUACUGGCCAAACUUGUGACAAUGGAUGCGAUAACUCGGGACACUCAAGUGGAGGUGCGCCAUCUACAACAGGGGGGUCAGGUGGAAUGCCUUCAGGCUUCAAGCCAGGGUCAGGCACAGGAAACGGAGGAGGAAUGCCUUCAGGCUUCAAACCAGGGUCAGGAAGCGGAAACGGAGGAGGAAUGCCUUCAGGCUUCAAACCAGGGUCAGGAAGCGGAAACGGAGGAGGAAUGCCUUCAAGCUUCAAGCCAGGAUCAGGCACAGGAAGCGGAGGAGGAAUCGGAACUGCGAGCGGAUCUGGUAUGGCUUCUCCCUUUAAUCCAAACACAAAUGGGGGCAUGACAGGAGGUUCUGGAUCAGGAAGUAGUGGAUCGGGUAUUCCCUCUCCUUUCAAUCCCGGCACGAACGGGGGUACGGAUGGAACGGGUACAGACUCGGGAAUGACUUCCCCGUUUAACCCAAGCACAAAUGGAGGAACAAGUACAGGAGAAGGAUCCGUAAGUCCAAAUGGAUCCGGAAUGCCUUCCCCCUUCAACCCAGGAACCAAUGGUGGGGGGACCUCAUCAUCUGGAGGUGGAAUGUCUUCCCCUUUCAAACCUAACUCAGGAGCUACUAAUGGUAACGGAAACGGGGCUGGAUCCUUUUCUCCCGGAUUGCUAGGAGUAUCUGGAUCUUCAUCAGAAAAUUCUGGUACAAAUCCUCUUUUGCCCCAAUUUUUACAAGGAAGCAGUGGAAUGGACGCUCAUCAAACUAUUGCUGGAGGGACAGAACCCGGAGCAGGAAGCGGUGGUUUCACAGCCGGUGGUGCUGGGGGUAGUCUCACUCAAAUCAACACUGAACAAUCGUACGGUCAUCAGGUAGACAAUAGUCAAUACAAUGGACAACAGACAGGCAUUGUGGCGACCAAUACUAACGGGCAAGCUGGUGGAAAUUUCUCUAAUCCAUUCACGGCAUCAGGAAACGGGGCUUUUACUAAUGAUGGAUUCAAACCAAGUCCUUUCAUGCAGGCAGCAGGACAAAAUGGUGGGAGCGGACCCUUUGCUGGAGCCAUGAAUUCUAAUAACGCGACUUCUGUUGGCCCUUUUGCUUCAGUAGGCGGGAAUGUUAACGCAGGAUCCUCAGAAAAUACGUUCCCAAAUCCUUUCCAAACAGCCGGCGGAACGGGUGGUAAUGCUGCAGGAAAUAAUGGAGCGACAGGCUCAACAGGCUUUGGAAGUAAUCCUUUCCAAGCUACUGGAUUUAGUCAGGGACCUCAGCCUUCAACAGGUGGAUCAAAUGGCAUGAUGGUUGGUGGUGCAGGAAAUGGAAAACCAGGAACAACUAGCGGAGGAAUGAGUCCACAGGGUGGUGGUGUAAAUGGUGGAGGAAAUAAACCAAGUUCAGGAGGAGGAAUGGGAGGAGGGUUCAAUCCAUUACAAGGAGGAACAGGAGGAAACAUGCCUACAGGUCUCGGAGGUGGAUCAGGGCCAGGUAUGGGUGGUGGUGCUAUGGGCAGUGGAGGAAAAGGGCCAAUGGGUAACUUCCACACACCCAGUGGAUAUGGCGGAUCAAUGGGAGCAGGGGCGAUGAUGGGUGGAGCUGCUGCUGGUGGUCAAAUGAUGGGCGGAUCAUCAGUAGGCGGACAGGGAAGCAAACUAGAUGUCCAGUUCGUGAUUAAACAUUGUCCAGAGACAAUGCACUGUAUGACCACAUGUCCCCAGGGAUACAAACUUGGAGGA